AUGUCGGCCGAUAUCUUCACAUUAUCAUGGUUUAUCGUCUUUGCGUUUAUUAUGUUAAUUGCAUUUAUGGCUAACCUAAUCAUUAUUUUAGCAAUACUUCGAGACAAAACAAUGCAUACAUCAACCUAUUUUUAUAUUAUUAAUGUAAAUAUAGCCGAUAUUCUUCUUAUGCUUAGCUGUCUACCGGAGCGUUUAUCUGCAGUAUUUGGACCAGACGAUGGAUUUAAUUUAGGCAUGUUCAUAUGUUAUUCGGUUCCAUUUCUUCAACAAGUAUCAAUGCAUGCAGCAUUAUCCAUCUUACUUGUGUUAACUAUCCAUCGUUGUUAUCCAGCUGGUGUGCCUCGUUUUUUACAAGGCGAUUUUAUUCGUCGACAAAUUCGUAAUCACACUCAAACAUUAUGUAUUCUAUGGGUAUUUGCUAUAUUAAUUACUUUACCGAUAUUUUCAAUAACAAAAUAUGAAAGAAGUUCUCAGAAUUUAACAUUAACCGACGAAAAUGGAACAAAUUAUACAUUUUCUAUACAGCAAACAAGUUGUCUUACAGAAACACCGGAACUAUGGUCAAGAGCUUAUCUUAUAUUACUAUUGGUUUCUACUUAUCUUAUAACAGGUAUUUUUCUUAUUGUGAUUUAUGGACAAGUUAUACGUAUUAUACUUGCAUCAAAUAAAUAUGCCAAAGAUCCAAUUACUAAAGCUUCCAACAAUAAUAAUAAUAAUGAUUCCUAUCGAUUUCCUUCAUCGAAUAGAAUAAAAGAAUAUCAUCACUCAAAUCUCAUUGCUCGAAUAAAUGAACGAUGUGAAGGAGAAAUUCCACAUACACAUUCAUCAUCAUCAUCAACAACCGAAUCACAUCGAUGUCAAAAACAAAUUCCAGCUAAUACAGCUUUAGUUAUUGGUACGCCUGUUGAACAAGAUGAAUUACAGAAAUCUUUAACUCAUUCUCAUCAUUCAGCACAACACAUACAAGUUAUUAUUAUGCUAUUCAUCGUUAUUAUAUUGUAUAUCAUUCUACUUUUACCUUAUCGCUUGCUCAAUUUAUUAUUUAUUGUUCAUAAUAAAAUAUUUCAACAAACAUUCAUGAAUGAAAUUCUAUUUGGCUGUUUAAUAAAUGUCGUUCGAUUACUUGUUUUUCUUAAUUGUGCUUUACAGCCAAUUACAUACUUAAUCAUAUCUUCACGCUUACGUCAAACAGUUAUUAAACUCCUUCGAUCGUGGUAUAAGUGUUAUUGUUACUGUCGAUUUUCAUCACCAUCAAUGCCUAGUAGUCAAAGUUAUAGAAAUGAGCAUCAAGCCGUACGCACCUAUGUAACACAACAAUAUCCAUACCAACAUUCUUAUCAAAAUCGACAAAAACAAACUCUAUAUCGAGAAAAUCGUCCAAUACAAUCAUCAUUGAAUAAUGUUAAUUUAGCAUCUGGUCGUGUGCUUGUCUUAAAUCAUGCAUCACGCAGGCAAUUGUCACCAUCACAUACAGUUAGGAAGACUCGACAGGUUGUUUCAUUUAUUAAUGGAUAA